UUCUGAACCUAGACAAGAAGCAGAGUCUUGCUUGUACUGUGGACAAGGUGUAUCCCUGAGCCCCAAAUAUUACUCAUUCUAAUUGAUAGUGGUAUCCUGAGAAGUUCCAAAGACCAAAGGAGGCAGGGUUUAGCUGUAGGAAUAUGUCAUUAUGGGUAUGUCUUUGGGGACUCUAGAUUGUCUCCUUCAUUUUCUGCUUUUGGACUAGCCUGUAGUGAACAGUUUCCUUCCACAGUGUCUUUCAGUCCAGGCCCAGGACCUUUGAAUCGGCACACCGCAGACCCAACUGCUUCAACCAAGGAGCAAAAUUUAAAUAUAUGCUAACUAAAUAUUUUUUUUCUGUUCUAGGAUAUUUGUAUACUGAAACUGACUCAUAAUCCCACUAAUCAUUUCACAUCUGGAAGUAGAAGUUUGACGUUAAGACACGAUGUUUUUUUAACAUCACAUUUUGUGGAUGUUUUUAACUUUUAAAAAUGUCUCUAGUAUUUGGAUAUAUGUAGUCUUUGUAUUCAUUCUGCAUGUUGUCUACAAAUCUUGAGUGUUUCUUCAUCCAGCCUUCCUUGCCUUUACAUAACCUGAUGAAGUUUGUCUUUCCAUUGUUCUGUGAUCUGGCGAGGGACAGGGAUUAUUCUUCCCUGUUCUAGCAGUGGGGCCACCAUAGGAGCAGUGGACUCUUGCAGCAUCACUUUUGUUCUUCGGGAACCCCAAAAAGCUGGAGGUCAGAAUGCCGAGAGCUGUCGUGACUGCUGACUCCUGAGGCUCUUGGUCCUGUGCACAGGUCCCUGCUCUGUUUGAGUUCCUGCCUUGGCUUUCUUCAGUUAUGGACUGCAAUAUUGACGUUUGGUCUUGGUUCGAGCAUUUAUAUCAACAAAGAUGAGGAAGUGGGAAAUGGCUCAAGGCAACACCCUACAGUACAACUCCUUUGACGAAGAGGCUUUAACAGAACACUAUCAAAUCCUAAAGACCCUUGGUCGGGGAGCAUUUGGAGAAGUAAAAUUGGCUAGCCAUCUACUCACCCAGACAAAGGUAGCAGUAAAAGUUCUCCCAAAAAGCUCAAAGAACAUCUUCAUCAAAUCAGAAAUUGAAAUAAUGAAAUCUCUAGACCAUCCCAAUAUCAUUAAACUUCUUCACAUAAUCGACACCACAAAAAACACUUACCUGGUUAUGGAACAUGCCAUAGGCGGAGAGCUGAUGGCCAGGAUUGUGGAGUUUGGCUACCUACCUGAGGACGAGUCCCGUAAGGUAUUUAAACAGAUGGUGUGUGCCCUUCAGUAUUGUCACAGGAAAGGGAUUGCUCACAGGGAUCUAAAGCCUGAAAAUAUUUUAGUGGACGGCAAAGGAAAUAUAAAACUCAGUGAUUUUGGGCUGGGCACCAAGCUUCCCAUGGGGCAGAAGCUAGCAUAUUUCUGUGGGACCCUUCCUUAUUGCGCCCCAGAACUCUUUGAAGGUGGAGGCUACGAUGGCCGAGCAAUUGACAUCUGGAGUUUGGGCGUUGUACUCUACUUUAUGUCUACAGGGUGCCUCCCUUUCAAGGGAACUACCUUUGGAAUACUAAAGGACAAAAUCUUGGCAGGAAAGUACCCCGUUAAUUUCAAGCUGUCGCCAGAGCUUUGGGAUGUUAUUGCUAAGUUGUUAACCGUAAAUCCUGGAGAAAGACCAAGAAUAGGUGACGUUGUGGACUUUCAAUGGCUGAAGCAUGGCAAUGAAGGUUCUCCCAAUCCCUUUAGAGAGAACAAUGAGGACAGCUACCCAGACCCCACUGUGAUGGUCAUCAUGGGCGUCAUGGGUUAUAAGCAAGGAGAGAUAAUGGAAGCUUUACGGGAGAAGAAGUUUGAUCAAGUGAUGGCCACCUACUUGAUUCUUAGGCAGCAGUCACCCUGGGAAGAUGACAUUAUAAAACAUCUUCAGUCCAAGCAGUCUGCUGGAACCUUGAACCUUACAGGCCUUCCCACAAUACCUAAAGUGACUAUAAAGAGGGGAUCUAGUGUCCCUAUCCUUCCCACUUCUUCCAUUUUGCCCACUCUACCUGAGAGUCCCGAGAAUGACAAAAAGGGGAAAACGAGGUACAGUAUGCCUCCCACCGUGAACUGCCCUGACAAGAAAACAGCCCCAGUUCACAGAAUCUGCCCCCAGCGUGUACAUGAGGCUAAUUUCAUGAACAGCGCCCGGGGGGAUUCAGAGAGCACUAUUAACACCUCCGAUGAAAUAUGUACCACAGUCUCUUCAGCACUAGAAACUUAUUCCAGCAAGUUAUCCUGGAAUGUGUCCAAAGCUGGCCCUAACAAAUCAAAGAGCAAGGCGUCUUCACAGGAUGUUUUAUCUCAUCACACCCCAAUGGAGGAAGUUCAGUGCCAAGACGUCAACAUACCAGGUGAAAUUAUUGGCUCAUCUCUCCCACAAACCUCACCUCAAGAGGACCUCAGAGGACAGCCCCACAGCAUGUCUACUGCUGGUCGGAGAGGUGAAAGGACUAGCUCAUCUCUCUCACAAACCGCACCUCAGGAGGACCUCAGAGGACAGCCCCACAGAGUGGCUACAGCUAGUCGGAGAGGUGAAAGGACCAGGUCAUCUCUCCUACAAACUGCACCUCAGGAGGACCUCAGAGGACAGCCCCACAGUGUGGCUACAGCUGUUUCAAAGAACAACAUGACCUCACAAGAUAGAUCAACUCCAUUCUCCAGCAAGGAGGCCCAGGAUGAGGGUCCGAUUGUACAAGAAAAAGACCUCAGCCCAUCCUCCCCAGAAACAUCCCAGGGACACCUCAGUGGCCGGUGCCAGACAGCACCCAGAGCCCCCUUUAGAAAGCGGAUUUGGAAGAGCCUACAGAGCAGGAUUAUAAAAGGCCUGAGAAGUUUAUGCUGCUGCAUACCAACAGAAAAGAGGGAGCGCCUAGGCUGCAACAAAAUCCUGCCUGUGACCUUAGAGGACCAUGGAGGGAGCCAAGGUAACAGUGCUGUUGGAGGCACUGUGCUCCCCCUAAGCUGAAACCAGAGAAUGAAGAGCAGCAUGCUGAGGAUGCACACGGGCGCUGGAGAGAGCCAGGUGUACCUGUGAGCCAUUAGAAGAGACAUCGGCACCGGAAGCAGAGGAGGACCCCAGAGGGCCUGCCCAGUUUGUAUGUGUUCACGAUGAAUAUUGCUGACCAGGUUGGAGCCAGACACAGAGGGACGAGUUUGCAGGGAGUGUCCAUCUUGUGCUCAUUUGGGAAGGUAGAGUGUGUGAGAACAGGUGAGUCCAUUAGUUAUGGUGCAGCUCUCAGCACCAUCCUGAACUACUAGACAGCUUGCAUCCCGUCCCCACCAGAUCCAGACACCUUCACAACUCACCCUAGCACUUACUGGUGAACUGCUUGUUGCUUUGCAACCUGAGUCAUAUAGAUGCGCUCUUCUGUACUCUGUAUCUGAACAGACAGGGACACACACACACACACACACACACACACACACACACACACACACUCACACACAUACUUCUCCCAAUGUACCUCAUGCACAGUUGACACUAGUGAAGUUUGCUUGAACUGGAGAGGACUCCUAUUCAAGCAAGAUAAUUUCAUAUUUCAUGUGAUUUCCCUCCUGGAAAUGCCUCAAAUCCCUCUAACUCAGCUUGUUCCUGUCUCUACCCCCAACGCAAUCACUUACCACCCUGCUCUACUGCUUCGCAGGAGUCAUAUGAAGCCAACACAUGCCAUGGUGCACAUUUUGCCCCAGGGCAUCCGGUCAUGUGCAAGGUAAGGCCCACCAGCUGUGCUUUGAGUGGAAGCAAGGUGAAGUCUGGAGUGUUUGACAGUUGGAUUCAGAGAUGGAGCUGGUUCCAAGCGUGAUCGUGGAUAGAAUCUGUUGAUGGAAAAACAAUGGCAACCCCCGGCCUGACAGUGCGGGUGUUCCUCUGGGUGGCUCAUGGUCUCCUGCCAUAUUUCCACCUCCUAAGAUAACUCAGAGACACUUAAAGGGAUUUAAGGGGUCAGAUUCACACCCCUCCUUAGGCCCACACUCUAGUACACCCCAAGACCACACUUUAGUACACCCCAAGACCACACUCUACUACACCCCAAGAUACUAUUUUCAAUAGUAUCUCACACAAAGAUCCCAGCCGUUUUCUUUCUGACAUCCUGUAGGGACAUUACCGUUGCUGAGGCUUUGUGUCCCCAGGCAGCAGGCUGGGAAAGUCCUUUGCUACCUGUAUGACCCUAUGCUGGGGCUACCAAAGAGACUCCUGGGACUACACUCAGCAAGGGACAUUUUCAACUGGAUGGUGCUUAGAGCAGGAGAUGCCACUCAAGCCCUAACACACUGGAUGGAAGAGGGACACACAGGUCUCCUUGAUAAAAGAGGCUUCUUCUGAUUGACAGAGAAGUUGGGCCAGAGACUCUCAAGCAGAUGGACUAAAGAGGAACAAGGGAAAAUGUCUACUGAUCCAGGUGAAGAUCAGCCAUGGAGGAUAUGCUCAGAGAGCUGGGCAUAAGAUUGCUCUGCAGAAGUGUUACCAAGAAAGACAGGCACCAGACAAAAAGAUAUACGACACAAAUAUCUGAAUAAAGAGACUGUUUUCUUGCUAUAAUAAAUUCCUUUGUAUAUUUGAA